AUGACUGCCGAGGAAACUUCCGCUGCUUCCGGAGUGCGGCCGAUUUCUUUUGCUGGUUAUCCGUUUCAAGGUCAGGGACGCGUCAAUCAGCUCGGAGGGGUUUUCAUCAAUGGAAGACCCUUGCCGAAUCACAUCAGGUACAAAAUCGUUGAAAUGGCUGCCGCCGGUAUCCGACCAUGUGUUAUUUCACGCCAACUCCGCGUAUCCCACGGCUGUGUGUCGAAAAUCCUAAACCGGUACCAGGAGACGGGGAGCAUUCGUCCAGGAGUUAUCGGCGGCUCCAAGCCCAGGGUAGCCACUCCGAUUGUGGAGACGAAAAUCGAAGAAUACAGGAAAGCUUCUCCGACGAUGUUCUCCUGGGAAAUUCGUGAUCGGCUCGUGAAAGACGGCGUCUGCGACAAGACAGCCGUGCCGUCGACGAGUUCGAUUGCGAGAAUCGUUCGGGUGAGCCGAGCCAACAGCCCCGAGAGCGCGGACUCCGAGAAAUCGCACGGAUGGGAUAGCGAGUUCCGCAGUCAGAAAGCUGACCACUCGAUCAACGGCAUCCUCGGUGGUCGGGACGAUGAGGACUCAGACUGCGAUUCGGAGCCCGGCAUUCUUCUGAAGCGCAAGAUUCGCCGAUCUCGGACCACGUUCACAGCUGAGCAGCUCGAGGAGCUGGAGAAAGCCUUCGCGGCGACACAGUAUCCAGACGUGUACACGCGCGAGGAGCUCGGAGCGAAGACGAAACUCACGGAGUCUCGCGUCCAGGUCUGGUUUUCGAACCGUCGCGCUCGCUGGCGCAAACACAUGAGCCACCAUUCGACUCCUUUUGCGCCUCCUCUCACCUAUCAGCAAAGUCAUCAACAAGCGCCGCUCAGUGCAAGCCCCAGCACCAGCGAUCACGGGGCGUCUGGCGUUUCAUCGCCCUCGGUCUCCAACUCGACAUACGCCAACAACUCGUACGACUCGUGGCGGGGAUCGACCUCGACCGCGCCGCAGGUGUUCCCCACAGUGCAGAAUAGCUACUCGGCACCGUAUUGCCAAGACCGUCAGGACAACCUCUACAACUUUUUCAACCAACAAACGAACGGCGGGGCGAAUCAAGGCCUGUCCAGCCAGGACUACAUGGGGUUCCAAGCACACAAUUUAGCACCGAAUCUCUGGAGUCAGCCCCGACAGGAUCAAUUUCAGGGAUGCCUCCAGACUGGCAACGGAGCCGACCAGUAUGGUGUGAGCGGCGAUGCCUUGUUCCAACAUGGUUUAGGCCCCAACAACAUGAAACUUCUAUGGAACCACAGUGCUACUCAAUACUAG